AUGGCUCGGCGGACCCUCCCGAUCCUCAAAAACCUCACCCACCGCUCCACGCCCGGACCCUUCCUUCCCAAACCCGACCCGAACACAAGAUCCGUCACAUACAUGCCCCGACCCGGCGACGGAGCCCCGCGGCCCGUCACCCUGAUCCCUGGCGACGGCAUAGGCCCGCUCGUCACCAACGCCGUCGAGCAAGUCAUGGAGGCGAUGCACGCUCCGGUUUACUUUGAGCGGUACGACGUCCACGGCGAUCUGAAGCGGGUGCCUCCGGAAGUGAUCGAGUCGAUCCGGAAGAACAAGGUCUGCCUGAAAGGCGGCUUGAAGACUCCAGUCGGCGGGGGUGUGAGCUCGCUCAACGUCCAGCUGAGGAAAGAGCUCGACUUGUACGCUUCCUUGGUCAACUGCUUCAACCUCCCCGGUCUCCCCACCCGCCACGAGAACGUGGACAUUGUCGUAAUUAGAGAGAACACCGAAGGCGAAUACUCGGGGCUCGAGCACGAGGUCGUCCCCGGCGUCGUUGAGAGCCUCAAGGUGAUCACGAAGUUUUGCUCAGAGCGAAUUGCCAAGUAUGCGUUUGAGUAUGCGUAUCUGAACAACAGAAAGAAGGUGACUGCUGUGCACAAAGCCAACAUUAUGAAGCUAGCAGAUGGGUUGUUCUUAGAGUCUUGUAGAGAGAUUGCUACCAAGUACCCAAGUAUCAAAUACAAUGAGAUUAUUGUGGACAAUUGCUGCAUGCAACUUGUUUCGAAGCCCGAGCAAUUUGACGUUAUGGUAACUCCUAAUCUUUAUGGAAACCUAGUGGCAAAUACGGCAGCUGGUAUUGCUGGAGGCACUGGGGUCAUGCCAGGAGGAAAUGUGGGUGCUGAUCAUGCUGUUUUUGAGCAAGGUGCUUCAGCAGGAAAUGUCGGAAACGAAAAAUUAUGGGAGCAAAAGAAGGCCAACCCAGUGGCCUUGCUACUGUCAUCAGCCAUGAUGUUGAGGCAUCUCCAGUUUCCUUCAUUUGCUGAUCGACUUGAAACAGCCGUGAAACGUGUGAUCUCAGAAGGCAAGUACCGGACGAAAGAUCUCGGCGGAGUCAGCACCACUCAAGAGGUUGUUGAUGCGGUUAUUGCUAAUCUGGACUGA